UAAAAGCUUGUUUCAAGAGAGAGGUGAGAAUGGAAAAACCUGGAAGCCAGACUGCAGCCACUUGUAAACCCUUGACCGCAUUCGUGCAAACAGACAGCAACACAUUCCAAGAGAUCGUGCAGCGGUUAACAGGUCGGUUGGAGAGCGAUCCAGCACAAGCAGCAGCCACAAUGGGUUCCGGCUUGAAAAGGCCGAUCCCCAAACUCCAUGAAAGACGGCAAAACACGAUGAGGCCGAAACUGGAGAUAGUUAAACCCCCAUUGAGCUUUAAACCUUGUACGUCGCCACGAAGAUCGGGAAGCUCGAGUGUUCGGACAAGUCCAGUGGGAACUCCAUCAUCAAUUUUCUCCAAGCUAACCUUACAGCUGGUAGACGAAGAGUUGGAAGAAUUAGUGAAAUGUGAAUUGAACACGGAAGAAGAAGAAAGGGCUAUCAAAGAGAGACGCUUCUAUCUGCUUCCUUCACCACGCUCAAGAGCAGCAAAAAUGGACCCACAAUUACUUGUUCUCUUCCCUCUUACAUCUCCAACAACAAACGAUAAAGCAUGA